AUGGCGGGCAUCUUCGUAAACCCGAACUCAACCCGCCACCAUUUGUUCGGAGAAAAUCAAGAAAUGACAAUGUUCGAUUUAAACGCGAGCCUCAACGAGGACGAGUUCAUGUCCGACUCCCCAAACGCCGCCGGGGGCAGUGACGUAAUUUCUCCGCUCAACGGCGGCCAGCCGAAGCUCUGCUCCCGCGGCCACUGGCGGCCGGCCGAGGACUCCAAGCUCCGGGAACUCGUCGCCCUUUAUGGACCCCAAAAUUGGAACCUCAUCGCCGAGAAAUUACAAGGCAGAUCAGGUGCAAUUUCGUAA